GAGGUGGCUGAUCUUUGCAUAAUUUUUUUGUGAAAAAUUGGAACUGGGAGAAAGCAGGAAGAAGGGGCAUUUAAAAUGCGUGAAUGUAUCUCCAUCCAUGUUGGCCAGGCUGGUGUCCAGAUGGGCAAUGCCUGCUGGGAGCUGUACUGUUUGGAACAUGGGAUCGAGUCUGAUGGACUCAGACCUGAUGAGAAAAAUGCAAGUGAGGCUGAUGAUUCUGUUGACACCUUCUUCUGUGAGACAAGAACUGGGAAAUACGUGCCCAGGGCAAUCUUUGUGGAUUUGGAGCCAACUGUGAUUGAUGAGGUCCGUACUGGCACUUAUCACCAGCUGUUCCACCCUGAGCAGCUCAUCACCGGGAAGGAAGAUGCGGCCAACAACUACGCCCGUGGGCACUACACCAUCGGCAAAGAGCUGAUCGACCCAGUCUUGGAUCGAAUUUGCAAGUUGGCUGACCAAUGCGCGGGUCUUCAAGGUUUCCUGGUCUUCCAUAGUUUUGGUGGAGGCACUGGCUCAGGAUUCACCUCCCUACUGAUGGAACGUCUCUCGGUUGACUACGGCAAGAAGUCCAAGCUGGAGUUUUCCAUCUACCCAGCUCCCAGGAUCUCCACUGCUGUGGUGGAACCCUACAACUCCAUCCUGACCACUCACACCACACUGGAACACACUGAUUGUUCCUUCAUGGUGGACAAUGAGGCCAUCUAUGACAUCUGCCACAAAAACCUGGACAUUGAGCAUCCAGGCUACAUCAACCUGAACCGUCUGAUCGGGCAAAUUGUGUCAUCAAUCACAGCUUCUCUCCGUUUUGAUGGGGCCCUCAAUGUUGACUUGGCAGAAUUCCAAACUAACUUGGUGCCAUACCCUCGUAUCCAUUUCCCUCUGGCUACCUACGCCCCAGUCAUCUCAGCUGAGAAAGCUUACCAUGAGCAGCUGUCGGUGACCGAGAUCACCAGUGCCUGCUUUGAGCCAGCAAACCAGAUGGUCAAGUGUGACCCUCGCCACGGCAAGUACAUGGCUUGCUGCCUGCUCUACCGUGGUGAUGUGGUGCCAAAAGACGUCAAUGUUGCCAUUGCCACCAUUAAGACCAGACGUUCCAUCCAGUUUGUGGACUGGUGCCCAACUGGCUUCAAGGUUGGCAUUAACUACCAGCCCCCUACAGUGGUGCCUGGUGGGGACUUGGCCAAAGUGCAGCGAGCUGUGUGUAUGCUGAGCAACACCACAGCCAUUGCUGAAGCCUGGGCUCGACUGGACCACAAGUUUGAUCUGAUGUACGCCAAGCGCGCCUUUGUGCAUUGGUACGUGGGUGAGGGGAUGGAGGAAGGGGAG